AUGUCCAACAACGUCCGCGCUCUCCUCUUCCCUCAACAACUGCUGCUGUUCCCACCUCCACUCGCUCCCCAUCAGAUCCGGCGAAAGCUCGUCAUUGUCGGCGACGGUGCUGCGGGAAAGACGUCGCUGUUGAAUGUCUUUGCCCUGGGCGAGUUUCCAGAGUUCCACGAGCCAACCGUCUUUGACAACUAUGUGACCGACAUUGAGCUCGACGGCAAGCCCAUCCAGCUGGCACUGUGGGACACUGCCGGUCAGGAAGAGUACGAGCGUCUCCGGCCGUUGUCGUAUUCCAAGGCGCACAUCAUUCUCAUUGCCUUUUCAGUCGACACGCCAGAUAGCUUGGACAAUGUCACGCAAAAGUGGAUUGAAGAGGUGCGCUCCAUCUGUGGCCCAUCGAUCCCAGUCAUCCUGGUCGCAUGCAAGACCGACCUGCGCGACAAGGCCAUCCAGAAUGGCACGUACAGCCCGGACACUUUUAUCGAUGCCGAAGUGGGCCGUAGGGUGGCACAGUCCAUCGGCGCACGCGCAUACUACGAGACGUCGUCCCUGCUCAAUCAAGGUGUCGACGCCGUGUUCGAGGCGGCUACGCGUGCAGCAAUGGUCGUCCGCGACCAGGGCUAUGGCGGUAUCGGCGGUGAAAACAAGCGCGAGCACGGUGCCGGACGCCGUGAGAAGGACGACCACGAAAAGAUGGGAUGCUGCGGCUGUGUCAUCUGCUAA